AUGGCAGCCAAACUCAUCUUUCUCUUCUUGGUUUUCCUUCUUUUCCAAUACCGAGUAAAGCCUGACCUAGACAAUGUUGAACCCUUGUUGACCCAACUCACUGAUGGUUUCAAUGCCGAACGUAAAAAUAUGAGCUUACAAGGCGAUGCAGUGAUUGAUAACAAUGGCAUACUUCAGCUGACAAAUGAGUCGGUUCAAGUUGUUAGCCAUGCAUUUUAUAAAUAUCCAAUCCAAUUCAAGAACUCCUCCAAUGGCAAAGUUAUGUCCUUUUCCACCACGUUUGCUUUUGCUUUGAUCAAUGAACAUGGAAAACUAGGGGGCCAUGACUUUGCUUUCACAAUCUCUCCUUCUCUUGAUUUAUUCAACACCAAAAAGGAUGGGAACAUCUCGGGCCGCAUAUUCAAGGUGGGAUUUAACACUGUCAAUCACACCAAGUUCGGUGACAUCGAUGAUAACCACGUUCGUGUCGGCCCCAAAAGCAUACUAUCUAACAAAUCUGUUCCAGUCGAUCAAUCUAAGCGUAAAGAUUUCAUAAAUCUAAAGAGUGAUCAGGUAAUUCAGGCUUGGGUCGAAUAUGAUGCACGAAUAAAUCAAGUAAAUGUUAAGGUCGUGCCACAAUUUUCUAGACCCAGGUCUGAAAAUUUUCCUUAUUAUGAGGACCUCUCACCAAUAUUUAAAGAAUCCAUGUUCGUGGGGUUCUCUGGUUCAACAGGCCUUCCAUCCUCAAGUUCGCACUACGUCUUAGGUUGGAGCUUUAACAUAAAUGGAGUUGCUAAAAAUCUCAAUUUAGAUAAACUCCCUAAGCUCCCAACAGUGAAUGGGUCUAAAAAGAACCACACAAGCCUAAUUGUUGGUGUCUCAGUCUGUGCUUUGGUUGUGAUUUUCUGGAUUGUUUUGAUUUUUUACAAUGUCAGGAAACUCAAGAAGGUUGGUGUGGUUGAAGCCUGGGAGCUUGAUAUUGGACCACAUAGAUUUUCUUAUGAGGAGCUAAAGAAAGCAACAAAGGGUUUUGGAGACAAAGAGCUUCUUGGGUUCGGCGGAUUUGGUAGAGUUUACAAAGGAACUUUGCCAAAUUCAAAUACCCAAGUUGCAGUAAAGCGUGUUUCCCAAAAUUCGAAGCAAGGUUUGCGAGAAUUCAUGUCUGAGGUUGGUAGUAUUGGUCAUCUUCGUCAUCGAAAUAUAGUUCAAUUAUUGGGUUGGUGUCGUAGGCAAGGUGAUCUAUUACUUGUGUAUGAAUUCAUGCCUAAUGGAAGCUUAGACAAGUACCUUUUUGAUGAGCCUAAAGCAAUCUUAAGCUGGGAGCAAAGGUUCAAGAUCAUCAAAGGGGUUGCUUCAGGGCUUUUAUAUUUACAUGAGGAAUGGGAACAAAUUGUGGUUCAUAGAGACAUCAAGGCAGGCAAUGUGUUAUUGGAUUCUGAGUUUAAUGGAAGGUUGAGUGAUUUUGGUCUUGCUAAGCUAUAUGAGCUUGGCUCCAACCCAAGCACAACCAAGGUGGUGGGCACGUUGGGUUAUUUAGCACCUGAGCUCACACGCAUUGGCAAGCCAACAACAAGUUCUGAUGUGUUUGCCUUUGGUGCUUUGUUGCUAGAAGUGGUAUGUGGUAGAAGGCCUAUUGACCCUAAAGCAUUGCCUGAGGAGCUCAUGCUUGUGGACAGGGUUUGGGAGAAGUGGAGAUUAGGAGCAAUCCUUGAGGUUGUGGAUUCAAGGUUAGGGGUUGAGUUUGAUGAAGUUGAGGCUACUUUGGUGCUUCAAUUGGGCUUAAUGUGUUCCAAUGAUGCACCAGAGUCAAGACCCACUACAAGGCAUGUGGUUAGGUGCUUGGAAACGAAGCUAGUUUUAGAGGAGGAGGAGAUAGUCAUGGCAAAUAGCAAUGAAGAUGGUGGUAAAUAUGAGUUUGAGGAUUUUGUGCAAUCUUAUCCGACUACUUCGGCCUCUGUUGGUGAUGAUGGGGAUAUUGCUGAUGUUGAAGAUGGUUUAACUCCAUCUUUUUCAGUUUUCAAUGGAGAUGAUGGUAGGUAGUCUUAUUUCUAUGGUUUGGGAUUUUCAAUUUCAGUUACUACUGCAUGGUUAUGUAUGUAUUUGU